AUGAUUAUGUCAACCCUAUUUUCAAAGCAGAAGAAUGCCAAAUCACCUUAAAAGUAUGAAAUCCUUUAUUCCAAUUAGACUCCUGGAUCCAAAGAAACAGAAAAAUUUAUCUUUGAUUAUAUAUUUCAAGAUGCAACAACAGAUGAUAUUAUGAAAGAGAUUGGCUUUAAAUAAUUAAAUAAGGUAAUUUUGGUUUACGGAUAAAGUGGAAGUGGGAAGUCAUAUACAUUGUUUGGGGAUUUUGAUAACCCUGGAAUCAUGCCUGUGAUAAUCAAAAAAUUACUAGCUGCAAAACAUAAACUUACAAUUAACUAUUAGGUGGUUGGAUUAGAUUAUUAGAGCAAUUAUGUGACAGAGGAUAUGACAUAAAUUAGCAUCUUUGACAUGGAAACUGUCUGGGAAUACUAAGCAGCAUUUUCUAAAUAAAAGCGUAAGGAGCAUUUAAUUGUCACUUUGAUCAUUGAUGAAAAGGAUCAAAUUAAAUUUGUGGAUUUAGCAGGACCCGAAAGACAAGCCAAAGAAAUAUCAGAACCAUACAAAUAUUAAGAGGCUAUUUGGGCUUCCUAAUAAUUUCAAGUGUUGGCGAAAUGUCUAAAUGCCUUUUCAAAAGGAAAAAUAUAAUCAUUAGAAGAUUCAAAACUCACUCAACAAUUGCGAUUUGAUCUAAGCACACAAGUUACUUUGAUAGGAACUGUUUAUCCUACCAAUACAAAUUACGAUCAAACUCUUUCCACAUUGCAAUUCAUAGAUAGAACUAGAAAUGCCGUUACAUUACCUAGAAAAGAAUCUUUAAGAACACUUGAAAUCACCAAAACCUAAACUUAGGAAAAGUAGAUUAAAUUGUUGGAGUAUGAAAAUAAAGAUUUAAAGGAUUAAAUCUCAAAACUCUAAUAAGAACAGAAAAAUAAGUUAAAAGCGCUGAAAGACAUAUUAUGUAUUGACUUUGAUUUGGAUAACCUGACAAGUAUAAGCUUCAAGGAAAUUCAACAAUAUAAGAAAUAGAAAGAGGCUUUGAUUGCUAAUUAAAACUUGCAAAUAUAAUUAAAUGAAUAACAGACUUACAUUAAUUAAUUAAAAUAAGAAAUCUCUUAAUUAAAAUAAGAAAUAAAGGAAAAGCAAGAUAAAUGGUAAUUUCAAUUGGUCGAAUAAAAAUAUAAAAAUUUUAAAAUAAAUGAAUAAUUUGUUACUCAAAAAACAUAAAUGAGCGAAAUGAUGAGACAGAUGCAAUUGGAGAAAGAAUCUUGCAUAAAAACUGUGAUUGAAAACUCAAACCAUGUAAUAGAAGAAAAAACAAACAAACUAUUUUAAUUGCCUGUCACAGCCAAUCAAAAGCAAUUAGAUAAUAAUAAAAUACAAGAUAUUAAGAAAUAAAUUAAAACAGAAAUGGAAUAAGAUUUGACGAAGCAGUUGACUCAAAUGAAGUCAGAUAAUGAAAAUAAUCUUCAAUAAUUGAAAUUAAUGUAUGACAAUAUGCUAAAAGAAAAAAAUAAUGAAAUUGAUUAGUUCAUUUCUUAGUACAAAAUAUAUAGAGAGAAGAAGAAGAAUGUAAUAAAGGAAAUGAAGGAAGAAAUGCUCUAAAUGUAUGAGAUCCUGAAUAAAUAGUAAUUAUUAAUUGAUAAAAUUGAAAAUGGAACCUACAGUAAUGGAAAUAAGGUUUUGGCCAUCCCUAGAAAAGAUAAGCCGGUUCCACCUAAUCAAUCCUAGUUUAAACAUCUGCAUCAUUUUCUUGAAAGAAAGAAAUCAAUUGAGAUUCAAAAUAAAAAAUCAUCAAGUGCUGAAAAAUCCUUUCUUUUAACGCCUAUUAACAGAGUUGAAAGAUCACAAACUACGUUUUAAGAAAAAGCAGUCAUUGUUGAUCCUAAUGACGUUGAACUAUUUAAUAUAAAUGAGAUGGACAUUCCGAAAUUGAAAUCAUUUAUAAUAAAACUGAAGGAAAUGCUGAAAAAAGAAUAGAAUGAAAAUAAAAUUAAAUCAGAGAAAUUUAAAUAAGAAUUAGCCGAAUUUAAAAAAGAUAAGGAGGAAAUGCAAAUUAAAUAUAAUGUUGAAAGCAAAAAAUACAAUCAAUAAAGAGUAACGAUUGAAUCUUAAAACAGACUUCUUACUAAAUUAAGACCAACUAGUUCACUCUUAAGAAAAUAAUCUUGA